AUGAAAAGAAAGAUACCACUACUUUGCUUCUUUGUUGGACUGUCAGCCCGAACACAAAGGUUGGAGUGGUUGGUGGUUUUGGGAUCCUAUAGAAAUGCUUCUUUUAUGUCUCUAAUCUUAGCCACAGCUCGUAUUCAUUUAGUAUUUCUACCCUUUCUUCAUUCUUAGACCUCGUUUCCUAAAAUUAUGACUUUUCCAUACUGUGUCUUGGGAACCUUUUCAAUAAAGGCCAGAUUGGUAGCUCCCAUUCAUAGUUUUACUACAAAUGGUAUAUAAGGAAUCUUUUUAUGGUAGUUUUUCCUUAUAAUGGCAGGAAUAUCUAUGAUUCUUUUCUCCCAGAUGAAGUAGCAGGCAUCGACCCGUCAAACCUAUAAAAAGGAGAUGGUUGUGGCACAAAGUACUCAUGUGCUACGUUAUUCAGCUCACGUGCAAACCCGCCUCAUUAUCUUAUGGAAGAAUUCAGCUUAUUGCUGA